UACAUGGCUUGUGUGAUCAUGAAGUCAUCCAUUCUGACUCUUUGCUGCCUUGCAUUGUUUACGUUGCGUUUUGGUGUUUGCAGAGAGAUAGAGUGCAUCCCAAGUGAGAGAGAAACACUUAUGAAGUUGAAGCAUCAUCUCAUUGAUCCUUCAAAUAGGCUUUCAUCUUGGAAUCAUAAUAAUUCAAAUUGUUGCCAAUGGCCUCUAGUUGUCUGCAACAACCUCACUGCCCACGUUCUACAGCUUCACCUCAACACUUCGCCAUUUGAUCCAAAUGACUAUCUGCAUCCUACUGUUGAUUUCGAAGGUCACCACGAAGCUUAUAUGAGAACCCUAUUUAGUGGAGAGAUAAAUCCUUGUUUGGCUGAUUUGAAGCAUUUGAAUUAUUUGGAUUUAAGUGGCAAUGAUUUCAGAGAUAUGCCAAUUCCGGCAUUCAUCCACACUGACCUCGGCACAAUGACCUCUUUAACUCACCUCGACCUUUCAAAUGCGGGAUUCAGUGGGAAAAUUCCUCAUCAGAUCGGGAAUCUCUCCAAUUUGCUCUACCUUGAUUUGAGAAUUGAUUCUUUUUAUGUUGGACCUCUAUUUGCAGAAAAUGUUGAUUGGCUUUCAAGUCUAUCCAAGCUUGAGUAUCUUCACUUGGGAUGUGCAAAUCUUUCCAAAUCAUUUGAUUGGCUACACACUCUCCAAGCUCUUCCUUCUUUGAUGCACCUACAUUUGUCAGGAUGUUCGCUCCCUCUCCCUCACUAUAGCCAACCAUCUUUAGUUAACUUCUCAUCUCUCAUCACUCUUCAUAUGUCCUCUAUUCAUUAUCCUUUUGUCCCAAAGUGGAUAUUUUGUCUGACCAAGCUUGUUUCUCUCCAAUUUUGGGGAAAUGAAAUUCGAGGUUCGAUUCCCGAUGGUAUUCAAAAUCUCACACUACUUGAAAAUCUUCACUUGACUUCAAAUUCAUUAUCAUCUUCUAUACCUAAUUGGUUAUCCGGUCUUCAACAUCUCAUGUUCUUGGACUUGUCAGACAACAAUUUGCAUGGGAUUAUCCCUAAUGCCAUGGGAAAUUUGACUUCUCUAGUUCAACUUGAUUUGUCCAAUAAUCAACUCAGAGGAAAAAUUCCAACUUCUUUGGGUAAUCUAUGCAACUUGAAAGAGAUAAGUUUCUCAUUUCUCAAACUCAACCAACCGAUUAAUGAAAUUAUACAAAUUCUUGCUCCUUGUAUUUCUCAUGGACUUACAUCACUUGGAAUUCAAAGUUCUCAACUUUCAGGCAAUCUGACUGAUCAAAUUGGAGAUUUUAAAAAUAUUGUCUCACUACAAUUUCGCAACAAUGCAAUUGGUGGUGAACUUCCUAAAUCAUUUGGAAAACUUUCAUCAAUAACAUAUCUUGAUCUGUCCACAAAUCAAUUUACAGGAAAUCCAUUUGAAAGUCUUAGAUCACUCUCUAAAUUGUCAUAUCUUGCAAUUUAUGGCAACCAUUUUCAAGGAGUUGUCAAAGAAGAUGAUCUUGCAAAUCUUAUGAUUUUAGAGAAAAUUUUGGCAUCGGGGAGCAAUUUGACUUUAAAAGUGAGUCCCAAUUGGUAUCCUAAUUUUCAGCUUACUUAUUUGGAUAUGAGCUCAUGGCAAAUAGGUCCCAACUUUCCAUCAUGGCUUCAGUCACAAAACAAACUUGACUAUUUGGACAUGUCUAAUGCAGGAAUACUUUAUUCUAUUCCCACUUGGUUUUGCGAAGCAUUUUCUCAUAUGCUUUAUUUAAACCUCUCUCAUAAUCAUAUCAAUAGUGAGCUUGUGACCACAUUAAGGAAACCAUUAUCAAUCAAUACGAUUGAUCUAAGUACAAAUCACAUUAAUGGUAAAUUACCAUAUCUUUCAAAUGAUGUGUAUCGGUUAGAUCUUUCAAACAAUUCAUUCUCUGAAUCCAUGAAAGAUUUUUUGUGUAAAACUCAGGACAAGCCAAUGCAAUUAGAAUUUCUCAAUCUCGCAUUGAAUAAUUUGUCAGGAGAAAUACCUGAUUGUUGGAUGAUUUGGCCAUUUCUAGUUGAUGUAAAUUUACAAAGCAACCAUUUUGUUGGGAACUUGCCACCAACCAUGGGUUCCUUAGCUCAGCUACAGUCUUUACAAAUUCGUAACAACUCACUCUCAGGAAUAUUUCCCACCAGUUUGAAGAAGAAUAACCAAUUGAUAUUCUUGGACCUCGCGGAAAAUAAUCUUUCGGGAACUAUUCCAACAUGGGUUGGAGAAAAGUUCCUAAAUAUGCAAAUCCUCAGCCUUCGAUCAAAUGAUUUUUCCAGUCACAUUCCAAAUGAAAUAUGUCGCAUGAGUUUUCUUCAAGUUUUAGACCUUGCACAAAACCAUUUGUUUGGCAAUAUACCUAGUUGUUUGAAUCACUUGAAUGCCAUGACACUAAUGGGUAGAAGUACAGAUCCUCUUAUCUUUUCUAAAGCAAUAAACUAUACAUUUAGUGACACAACAAGUAUAGUCAGUAUGCUCCUUUGGCUGAAAGGAAGAGGAGAUGAGUACAAAAACUUUCUAGGUUUGGUAACAAGCAUUGAUCUGUCAAGUAACAAAUUAUCAGGUGAAAUACCUACAAAAAUCACAAAUCUAAAUGGAUUGAUUUUUUUGAACUUGUCCCACAACCAAUUAACUGGUCAUAUUCCAUCAAGUAUUGGUAAUAUGGGAUUGUUACAAAUCAUUGAUAUAUCAAGGAAUCAACUUUCAGGAGAAAUCCCUCCAACCAUAUCAAAGUUGAGCUUUCUUAGUGAGCUAGAUUUGUCUCAUAAUCAUUUGAAGGGUAAAAUUCCAACAGGCACUCAGAUUCAAAGCUUUGAAGCAUCCAAUUUUGUUGGCAAUAAUUUGUGUGGUCUACCACUACUUGUUAAUUGUAGUUCGAAUCCACAAAUUCCUAAUAAUAAUCACAUUGGUACAGAGGAUGAUGGGCAUGGAAUAAAUUGGUUCUUUGUGAGUAUGACACUCGGAUUUGUUAUGGGAUUCUGGGUAGUUGUUGCUCCUUUGUUCAUUUAUAGAUCAUGGAGAUAUGUCUAUUUUUGUUUUCUUGAUGACAUGUGGUACAAGUUGCAAUCCUAUUGGUGAUUGUUCAUUUUUAAUGUAGCGUUGUUAUUUUAUAUUGUUGGAAAUAAAUUACAUUAUAAUUGCAACUUUCACCCCCAAAAGACACAAUAGGCUAAUUGCCUCUACCAUUUGGAUAUUCAUUUAAAUUCACCAAAAGGAGACUAAUAUCCAUUUCUUGCCUUAAAAAUGUAUUUUUGUUCCCUUGUUGUGCCUUUUCAAUUAAGCAACUAACAUGCUUUCAAAUUAGAGUGCAAAGCAUCUUUCAACUUAUACUUUUUUAUCCUUACUCUUCUUCAUAUGUGGUUUUGUCUUGGUUAAGAUACUUGAUCCCCAUUUGAUGAUUUAAGGAACCUGAUCUUAGAGAUUAUUUGAUAUUUUAGA